UCGUAGUGGUGGGGGCGUCUUGCGGCUGGUUGGCGCGGUGGCUUCGGAAAUUUUGAGGUUAUAUAGCGAGCGCUUGGCGUGGAUCGGGUUUCCGGUCGACUUGCCGCUUUAUAAGGACGACGUAACAUCGGCACAGCAGACGCGUCUCGUCGUCGGUCGAAAGUGGGCGCGUUACGGCUUAUGUGAAUUCGGCGUUUGCACGCACGCACGCACGGCAGAGUGGACUCGAUGUCGGUAACAUGUCGGUUGCGAACAACAUUGGGACGACGCGGGUGCACAGAUUGGCCAGUCCGGCCGUUUGACGAAUAUUUAUGAAUACACGGGAUGAUCUGAGACGACGGUGUCCAACGGUACAACAUGGUGAAAGAGAAGGCGAAUUCGACCCGCAUCUACGAUUCGGAAGGCUACAGACGCAGAGCUGCCUGUAUCUGCGUGAAGAGCGAUCUCGAGGACGAGGUACUAUUAGUUACAUCCAGUCGGAAACCUGACAGUUGGAUAGUACCGGGUGGUGGUGUCGAACCGGAGGAGGAACCAGCGGUCACGGCUCUUCGUGAGGUCCGAGAAGAGGCUGGCGUUUUAGGACAAUUAGGCCGUUGUCUUGGCACAUUUGAGAAUGUGGAACACAAGCACAGGACGCAAGUGUGGGUUAUGCGAGUGACCGAAGAACUGCCAGAGUGGGAGGACUCACGCGCUAUCGGUCGGAAGCGAAAGUGGUUUACCAUACAGGAGGCUCUCCUCCAACUCGGUCAGCAUAAGCCCGUCCAGCGCUCUUAUCUGCAUAGCCUCCACAAUACUAAUCCUCGACAUAAUCCUACCACAUCACCAUUGUCCCAUCAUUCGCACUCUACGAUGGCAUCUAUCGAAUUAGUAAAUAAUUCUAGUAACAAUCCCCAUUCGGAUAAACACAGCUAAUAUCAUCGUGAGUCAUCAAUAUUUCCAUCAAAAACUUGGUCGCCAUGAAUUCUUGGAGCAAUUCGCUGUUACUCCUCCUUUCUCCCCUUAAGGGAAUUAUGAUAAUACUGCUACAAUUUUAUACGUAAAUUAAUAUUACUUAUACUUACCUUUAUUAUCUAAUAUUAUUAUCGAUUAUGUGUUACUACAAUUAUUAUUUAAUUAUGUUUAUUCAUAUAGAUUAUUGAUAAAGCAGUCCACGGAGGAAGUAUCUUCUGUGAAUGUAGCCUUUCGUUUCUAACGUGACUUUUAAUGGAACGCAAAAGAUAAGAAAUGAAGUAAAUUGUUUAAUUUUAUUAUUUAAUAUUUGUGCCUAAUAUACAUAGAGUAUCAUCUUCUUUUCACAACGCAUAUCUUGCUUAGUUGUGACAAUUAUCACUAUAACUUUUUCUACAUUUUCUAGGAAGAAAGAAAAAGUUAUAUACUGGUUAGAAUUACAAGCAGCAGAUUGCAUGUAUCUUAUAGAUUAAAUUCUUGAAUAAAUUUUAUAAUGAUUGAUUUCUGUGAGUUAUAUAUAUAUAUGUAUAUAUAUAUAAAAUAUCCACAAAAAAUAUUACUUUACAUUAUCUCUCUCUGGUACAAACUGAGAUUUUGUAACUUGAGUUUUCUACAUGCAAGGACAAACACCAUCAUAUGAUAUAAUGUAACGCGCGCGCGCAUGUGUGUGUGUGUGUGUGAGAGAGAGAGAGAGAGGCAUUUUAUAUAUAUAUAAUGCAUUCGUUAUAGAUAUAUUGAUUAAUAUUUCAUUAUUUGAGUUUGUUUUUCACUAGGGAACGAUUUUAGAUACCUAUAAUAUUCUAUAAUAUAUUCUUGCAAUAUUUUUUGUGAUAACAAAUAAUUUUUGUGUAAUUUAGAUAAAAAAAAAUCUCCAUAAAGAAACAAAUUAACGCGAAAGUAAAACGACAAACUUUUGUAGCAAGUUCCGAUGAAACAUUAAAUUUGUACUACUUAAA